AGAAGGGGUGGAGCGCGUGGAAGCGGCGGCGGAGGAGGGGAGGGGAGGAGGGGUGGGCAGGGGGCGGGCGAGGAGCCGCGGUAACAAUUACGUCUGGUCCAAGCAAACAUGAGGCAACUGCCAGCGCCGGCCAGUGGUGCUGUUCCCCGGGGCUGCGGAGGAGCCUGGAGGCCGGCAACAGUUUCCCGCGGCGCCCAGGAUGCAGCGGGCCAAGGAAGUGAUGAAGCUGUCUGACGGCAGCCUCCUGGGCGAGCCCGGCCGCACGGCACUCAGCAAGAAGGACGGGGUCAAGUGGCAGAGGCCCAGGCUCACGCGCCAGGCCCUGCUGCGCUGCUGCCUGGUCAAGUGGAUCCUGUCCAGCGCCGCCCCACAGGGCUCAGAUGGCAGCGACAGUGAGCUGGAGCUGUCCACAGUACGACAUCAGCCCGAAGGGUUGGACCAGCUGCAGGCGCAGACCAAGUUCACCAAGAAGGAGCUGCAGUCACUCUACAGGGGCUUCAAGAAUGAGUGUCCCACAGGCCUGGUGGAUGAGGACACCUUCAAACUCAUUUACUCCCAGUUCUUUCCUCAGGGAGAUGCCACCACCUACGCACACUUUCUCUUCAACGCCUUUGACGCCGACGGGAACGGGGCCAUCCACUUUGAGGACUUUGUGGUGGGCCUGUCCAUCCUCCUGCGGGGCACUGUGCACGAGAAGCUGAAGUGGGCCUUCAACCUGUAUGACAUUAACAAGGACGGUUACAUCACCAAAGAGGAGAUGCUGGCCAUCAUGAAGUCCAUCUAUGACAUGAUGGGCCGCCACACCUGCCCAGUGCUUCGGGACGACGCCCCUCUGGAGCACGUAGAAAGGUUCUUCCAGAAAAUGGACCGGAAUCAGGAUGGGGUGGUGACCAUCGAUGAGUUCCUGGAGACCUGCCAGAAGGAUGAGAACAUCAUGAGCUCCAUGCAGCUGUUUGAGAAUGUCAUCUAGGACACGCAGGGGUCCCUAAGGCCUGCCCCCGAAGACACCUCAGUCCUGCCAGGAGAAGUCUCCAUAAAAAACUUUCACUAAUAUAUUUACAAAAGGUGG